CCGCCUCGCUCGCCAGCGGGACGGCUCGGGCGCAGGUUGUGUACGAGUGCUUCUAAGAAGAUGUCCAGUGCAGAUACCCUCACAAAUACAGAGAAGGAGACCAUUAUGGGCCCUCAUGGAAUAAAUCGAGCUGUUCACCGCAUCUCUUUCUCUGAUUGCCAGAAUGGAUUAGGAGUUAAAAUUAUUGGAGGUUAUCGGGCACAAACAGCAGAAGAUUAUGGGAUUUUCAUAAAGAGAAUUCUACCUGGGGGGGUGGCUGCUACAGAUAGCCGUUUGCUCACUGGGGACCUCAUUCUGGAUGUCAAUGGAGAAAACCUGGUUGGAGUAACAAAUGAAAGGGCUGUUGACAUCUUGAGAACAGCCUCAGCCUCUAAUCACAUGUCUCUGCUCGUUGCUAGAGAUGAAGAAGCAAAGAAAGAAUUUCAUGACCUAAUGGAUAAGUAUGGCUCUCACAGUGACACAACAUCUGCAAGAACUUCUCCAACACAUCAUUUAGCUGCAAAAUCUAGAGACAGCCUUUCUUCUGGGUCGUCCUCAAGGUCACAGAGUCCUCAGUUGCAGUUGAAGGAUAACAUCACCAGCAGCAGCAGAAAUAAUUCUGUCCCACCACCAUCUCCAAAGCUUCCAAACGACAGUGCAUUUCAGAUUAUCUCUGUUUGCAAAGGAACAAGCCUAGGUUUGAAUAUUGUGGGAGGAAUUAACAGAAAUGAAGGGCCUUUGGUUUAUAUUCAAGAAAUUAUCCCUGGUGGUGAUUGCCAUAAGGAUGGACGAUUGAAACCUGGGGAUCAGCUUGUGUCCAUCAACAAAGAGUCCAUGAUUGGAGUCUCCUAUGAAGAGGCAAAAAGUAUAAUCAACAGAACAAAGAUGAGGUUUGAAAAUUUUUGGGAGAUAGCUUUUAUUAGGCAGAAAAACAUACAGAGUUUUCCACAGAAUCUGCAGCAUCCUUUCAGCCUCUUAACAUCUUCUGUAGCACAUGGAGACCAACGGGCUGCAACUCUUGGUCCUCUUCCCUCUCCUACUGGGAGGCUGCUUUCACCAUUCCCUCCAGAUGCUAUGGAAACUGGAGUCAAGAUGGGAGAGCAAUCUCCAAUUACUGCUCUAGACAGCAAUCCUGCUGAUGUGUCUGCCACGGUUAUUGCCCCCAGCCAGAAUGAUGAUUAUGACCCCCAAGGAAAGAACCUGAGUAUUCAUCUCAAAACAGAAAAGCUGGAGAGGGCACUGAAUUAUCUUGGGAUUCAACUCACAGAUGAACAGCAGCAAGCCCUAAGGCAGCAACUUCAUAAAGAUUCUAAAGGAACAGUGUCUUUUGGAGAUUUCAUUGAAGUUUCAAGGAAUCUGUUGUCUGUGCAAUCAGAUGAAACUGAUGAUGGCCACAAAUCUGAAACCUUUGGGAUGGGUGAAGUUGCCAGCUUACAGGACUCACAGUUUGUAACCUGUGAUUCCUUGGAGGAUGAUGUGGAAAAACUUAAGAAAGAAAGAAAUGAAGCUUUAAAAGAAAUUAGCAAAUUAAAGGAAGAACUGUCUGAAUCUGUGAACUUACAGAAGCAGUUAGCAGAGCAGCUUCAAGUAGUCAAGCAAGAAGCCAAGGCAGCUGUGGAGGAGACGCGAGCGCUGCGCAGCAGAAUUCACCUUGCAGAGGCUGCUCAGAGGCAGGCCCGGGGCAUGGAGCUGGACUAUGAGGAGGUGAUUCGCCUCUUGGAGGCUGAAAUUGGAGAGCUGAAGGCUCAGCUCGCUGAGCAUUCUGGCCAAAAUAAAGAGAGCAUUCACGACUUGAGAAAGAGGGUUACAGUGCUUGACUGCCAGCUGCGGAAAUCCGAGUCGGCCAGGAAGACCUUUGAGGUGGCCACUGAAAAAUUGCUACAAUUUGUAGAGGUUGUGCAUGAAAUACUUUCAGAUAACUCUACUUCCUCAACAAUUUUAAGUGACAGGAGGACGUUGUCCACUAAAGCACUUCUGGCUCGGCUGGGAAGGGUCGGACCCACUGUCACAGCAGCUCUUGCAGCAGAAGCCAGGGACCUUGCCAAGUCUGUCCGUGCCAUUCUGGAAGUGGAUUGUCUGCCUUAUGGAUGGGAAGAAGCUUAUACAGCUGAUGGAAUCAAAUAUUUUAUCAACCACGUGACACAGACCACGUCCUGGAUCCACCCCGUGACGAGCGCCCUGAGCUUGCUGUGCUCCGAGGAGGAGGAGGAUGGCAUCAGAGACCCCAAGAGCUGAGGACAGCUGUGCACGCACAGGAGUUGGUCUGGUUUUAGUCCCUUAGUGAGCAGAUGCACAGGUUUUAAUCUACCUGCUUUCUAGUGUGAUGUAGUGGUAGCUGGUGACAUUUCUCCUCAUCAAGCUGGAGGAAGUUCUGCUGGUUUUGAGGUGGGUUUGUUGAUGUGUGCUACAAAGGAUGCAGGUGCCACAGGAUCAGUCUCACCUUAGGGCACAGUCCCAUCUUUUCAUGAUUUCCCCACUCAUCAUUUCCCUGACCUGGAGCAGAAUUUUCCGGGUCAGCUGAAAUUUUCACAGCUCUGAGCAGCUUGUGAUUUAAGGUGGUGGUACCACUGGUGGUAGAUUCCAGAUUCCAUUCCACUGAUGGUUGACUGAGAGAUGCAAAGUGAGGUGGGGUUUUGAACCAAAGUUAGUGAGAAUAAUGGGGAUAAUUUAACUGCAAACUCAUAUUUCUAUGGGAAAAAUCUUCAAAUAAGUUUUGCUACUAGAAAUUUAGUGAUUUAUUAUGAAUAUUGGCGCCCUGAUACUUUUUAAACAAAUACUAAGAUUGGUUGUUGAGAUUUAGAAAAUGUGACUUUGAUAAGUUGUCGAGUAAAAAGAAAGUUUUCAUAGAGGACAUCAUACUCUGACAACAAUAUGAGGCAAUAUGAAAAUUAUUCUACUUUUGUGCUCUGCUAAACCGAUACAGACACACAUCAAAUACUUCAGUGGAAGCUGUGAAGUUUCAAGUACAAUGAAACCUGUGAAACCACCUCCAGGAUCAGCAGAAAUCAGUCACCUCCUCAGAACUGGUCUUUUAAGUAGAACAAAAUCAUUUUGUACACAUCAGUGAUGUUUUAAAGAGGAUAAAGAAAAUGAUGGGGGGUGCAAGUUAAUGAACAGGUUUCCGUGUACCUCAAUAGCACAGGAUAUUUUAAAUCUCAUUAUUCACAGCACAAUGUCUGAUGUCAGCUUUGUCAAAUGUAUGAUUCUGUGCUGCA